GAGCCGGGCGGGCGCGCGCGCGGGGGAGGGGCGGCGGCUCAGUCUGCGCCGGGCGCUCGGGGCAUCAGCUGGCGGGCGGCCGGGCGCCCUUCGCCGGCCCAGCUCUCGCCGCCGCUGCAGCGCCGCCUCCUCUCCGCGUCGCAGGCCGGCCGGGCGGCCGUGACAAUGUCGCGGGGCUGGGAGUAGCUGGGCGCCGGCUGCUGCGCCGCCGUCUCAAGUUUAAACUUACACGAAUCGCUUUCUUGAGGAGGAGGGGACCGCCGCGCGAUUGACACGCAUAUUCCCAUAGGCGUCCUCCCUCGGCCCCCACCCCCACGGCCGGAUUCGGGUGGCUCCUCUCCCAGCUGAAACCCGAGAAGAAAUCCUUGGAUCUCUUGUUUUUAUUUUUAUUUUUAAUUAUUUUUAUUUAAAAAAGAAAGAAAGAAAGGAAACCCCCGAAACCAUCGGUAUUUUGCUUCCCUGCAUCCCGUUCGCAAGAUGAAGAAGUUUUUCGACUCCCGGCGAGAGCAGGGCAGCUCUGGCCUGGGCUCGGGCUCCAGCGGGGGAGGGGGCAGCACGUCGGGCCUGGGCAGCGGCUACGUCGGAAGGGUCUUUGGCAUCGGGCGACAGCAGGUCACCGUGGACGAGGUGCUGGCGGAAGGUGGAUUUGCUAUUGUGUUUCUGGUGAGGACCAGCAAUGGAAUGAAAUGUGCCUUGAAACGCAUGUUUGUCAACAAUGAGCAUGAUCUUCAGGUGUGCAAGCGGGAAAUCCAGAUCAUGAGAGACCUGUCAGGGCACAAAAACAUUGUGGGUUACAUCGACUCCAGCAUCAACAGCGUGAGCAGUGGCGAUGUCUGGGAAGUUCUCAUUCUCAUGGACUUCUGCAGAGGCGGCCAGGUGGUCAACCUGAUGAACCAGCGCCUGCAGACCGGCUUCACGGAGAACGAAGUGCUCCAGAUCUUCUGUGACACCUGCGAAGCUGUGGCCCGUCUGCACCAGUGCAAAACGCCCAUCAUCCACCGGGACCUGAAGGUUGAAAAUAUCCUCCUCCAUGAUCGAGGCCACUACGUCCUAUGUGACUUUGGAAGUGCUACCAACAAGUUCCAGAAUCCUCAGGCUGAAGGAGUGAAUGCAGUGGAAGAUGAAAUUAAGAAAUACACAACGCUGUCCUAUCGCUCACCAGAAAUGGUCAACCUGUACAGUGGCAAAGUCAUCACUACGAAGGCAGACAUUUGGGCUCUUGGAUGCUUGUUGUAUAAAUUGUGCUACUUCACUUUGCCAUUUGGAGAGAGUCAGGUGGCAAUUUGUGAUGGAAACUUCACGAUUCCUGAUAACUCUCGAUAUUCCCAAGACAUGCACUGCCUGAUUAGAUAUAUGUUGGAACCAGACCCCGACAAAAGGCCAGAUAUUUACCAGGUCUCCUACUUCUCAUUUAAACUACUCAAGAAAGAAUGCCCAGUUCCCAAUGUACAGAACUCUCCCAUUCCUGCAAAGCUUCCUGAACCUGUGAAAGCCAGUGAGGCAGCUGCAAAAAAAACCCAGCCAAAGGCCAGGUUGACAGAUCCCAUUCCCACCACGGAGACUUCCAUCGCGCCCCGUCAGAGGCCUAAGGCCGGGCAGACUCAGCCAAACCCAGGAAUCCUUCCCAUACAGCCUGCCCUGACACCUCGGAAGAGGGCCACGGUUCAGCCCCCACCGCAGGCUACAGGAUCCAGCACUCAGCCUGGCCUUCUACCCAGUGUCCCUCCCUCGAAAACACAGCCCCCUGCCAGCCAGCCUCAGCCCAAGCAGCCGCAGGCCCCGCCCGCUCCGCAGCCUCAGCCGCCACCCUCCUCGCAGGCCCAGGGUCUGCCCGCGCAGGCCCAGGCCACUCCCCAGCACCAGCAGCAACUCUUCCUCAAGCAGCAGCAGCCACAGCCGCAGCCCCAGCAGCCCCAGCAGCCACCGGCCCAGCAGCCACAGGCCCAGCAGCCGGCCAGCACCUUCUACCAGCAGCCGCCGCAAGCCCAGGCCCAGCAGUUUCAGGCAGCCCAGCAACCAGCAAUUGCUCAGUUCCCUGUGGUGUCCCAAGGAGGUUCCCAGCAGCAGCUGAUGCAGAACUUCUACCAGCAGCAGCAGCAGCCGCAGCAACAGCAGCAGCCGCAGCCCUCAGCCGCCGCAGCACAGCCCCCUGCAGCCCCCCAGCCCACCCCGGGCCAGGAGCCAGCGAUUCAAGCCCCAGUACGACAACAACCAAAGGUUCAAACAACUCCACCCCCUGCCGUCCAGGGGCAGAAAUCUGGAUCUCUCACGCCCCCAUCAUCUCCCAAGACCCAGCGUGCUGGGCACAGACGGAUUCUCAGUGACGUAACCCACAGCGCGGUCUUUGGGGUACCUGCCAGCAAAUCGACCCAGCUGCUCCAGGCAGCUGCAGCUGAGGCCAGUCUCAACAAAUCCAAGUCAGCAACCACCACUCCUUCGGGCUCCCCUCGGACCUCCCAGCAAAAUGUUUAUAAUCCAUCAGAAGGUUCUACAUGGAAUCCAUUCGAUGACGAUAAUUUCUCCAAACUGACAGCUGAAGAACUGCUGAACAAGGACUUUGCCAAGCUGGGGGAAGGCAAACAUUCUGAGAAGCUUGGCGGCUCGGCUGAGAGUUUGAUCCCCGGCUUUCAGACAACCCAAGGUGAUGCUUUCGCCCCUUCCUCGUUUCCUGCUGGAACCGCUGAAAAAAGGAAGGGUGGGCAGACUGUGGAUUCUAACCUCCCACUUUUAAGCGUAUCUGACCCUUUCAUUCCUCUUCAAGUACCUGAUGCACCAGAAAAACUAAUUGAGGGACUCAAAUCUCCUGAUACUUCUCUUCUGCUCCCUGACCUCUUGCCUAUGAAAGAUCCUUUUGGUAGCACUUCUGAUGCUGUGAUCGAGAAAGCCGAUGUUGCCGUUGAGAGUCUCAUACCAGGACUGGAGCCCCCGGUGCCCCAGCGCCUGCCAUCUCAGACGGAAUCUGUGGCCUCGAACCGAACAGAUUCUCUCACCGGGGAAGAUUCCCUGAUUGAUUGCUCUCUGCUUUCUAAUCCUACUACUGACCUUCUGGAAGAGUUUGCCCCCAUAGCAAUCUCUGCUCCAGCCCAUCAAGCUGCAGAAGAUAGUAAUCUCAUCUCAGGUUUUGAUGUCCCUGAGGGCUCGGACAAGGUGGCAGAAGAUGAGUUUGAUCCUAUUCCUGUAUUGAUAACCAAAAACCCACAAGGUGGGCACUCUAGAAACAGCAGUGGGAGCUCUGAGUCCAGUCUUCCCAACCUAGCCAGGUCUUUACUGCUGGUGGAUCAGCUCAUAGACCUGUAGCCGUGACCCAGUAGCAGAUGCAGUUCUGUAACCUUCAUACCGUAAUACACAUUUUCAUUACGGAAUUAUCAGAAAAAAAAAGAUUUUUUUUUUUUUAAAAAAAGCUGCAAAAUAAGGGAACCUCUAGCCCUUAUCUCCUACCCCUUGCCUUCUCCUGUAGAAAUGAUAAGGAAAGAAAAUCACUUUGGCCCUCCAGUUAUUCCUUGGCCAGUCCCUCCCAUUAGUUUGCUGUGAUUUCUCAUGACCCUUCUUCAAUAGCAUUAUCUAGAUGCCAUGAGCUUCACCUCUGCUGGAAUCAACUCCACCAAAAGCUUAACUGUAACUAAAACUAGUGAAUUGACACCUUUGUCUCAUUCUUGCUAGGAAUGGCCUCCCAAAUCAGUCCUUCCAACCCCAGUCUCCUUUGUCCAGAUGCUGAUGAAUGUAUUUCUCAGUUUUUGCGUAUUAUCCUGUUGCAUUAUCAUCAGGACAUGGCUUCUUCGGUUGGUCUUAACUCUAGGCAGUAGCCUGGAGCUGGGUGUAUGGUUUAAUAGAGGGUAAAGACACUGAUGGUCUGUGUUUGAAAGGAGAAAUGGAGCCCAGCUGUAGCCAACCAACUUUGACCUUGUUUGAUCAUAGACUUAGCCAAGGGAUAUUACGCCCCAUGCAACCUGCCCAGCAUUCGUCCAGCAUUUUGGCUUCCAUUGAACCGUGAUUUCCCAGAUCUGGAGACAUGACUGCAAGUACUUGAGAUCCCUGGAUAAAAUAUGUACAUUAUAGAAACCCCAAGUAUUGCCAUUCCUUUUCAUGUUAACUGCCCCAAGCUGGGCACUCAGAAUUAGACCAAAACAAGACAAUGGUGGUAAUAUGAUACCUUUUAUUAGAAGACUUUUCGCUGAGGGGGGUGGGGGGGCGGAUGGGGGAGGGGAAGGAAUUGUAGCAGAAACAGAUGUAUUUUUCUUGUGAUUUUUAUUUUGAAUCGAAUAUUGUAAAUUGUGUAUAAAUGAAGACACUGAAUAGUUCUGUUUCCACUUGGCGUUUCAAGUCUGAUAUCAGGUGUCUGUACAGGGUUUUGAUCUCUUUCCCUUGUAUAACUACACAGCUAUCCUACAGUGUAACAUAUGGAAUCAUUUUGAGUAGACUUGUGUGUUGCUAUACGCUUUCAGCAGGUCCUUUGUCUUUGUAGAAUAAGCAUGUUGUUUAUUUUCAGAUAGUCCGAAAUAAGUGUGCUCACAAGCUAGGCCCAGUUUCACUGUGGCUACUUACCUUUCUCUCUGAUGUUUGAACUGAAGGCUGCAGCCAAUGAAAUAUGUCCACUUGGUUUUCCUUGGCUUCCUAGAUUAAAAAAAUAAAACAAAGUAUAGUUCCUUAUUAAACUUAGUCUACUGUUCAUAAAAUAAAUAAAUGACCCUGCACUGACAUGACAAUAUGCCUCACGAUCACCCUCUGUAUAUGUACUUACUCACUGAAGUGUAUUUUUUCCUUACAUGGGAAACAAUUUUAUAAAAAUCACCCUUUUGAAGAGGUGGACACAGAGAACCCCUUUGUUGUUCUCACUUUGAGUGCCAUUUUCCAUGAGCAGAAGGGAAAGUCUUAGUUGAUCAGAUUUGUACCAAAAAAAAAAAAAAGAAUUCCAAGUCCAUUUGCUUAUAUCUCUAUCUAGCACCUUUGUUUCUUCUUCCUCACUAUUUGCACUUUACGGGGAAAAAAGGAAAUUUUAACGGCAACAGCCGCUAGCAAAACACUGCACUUUAGAGGCCACAUUUUGACCCUUGCGAUGGGAGAGCGACUUUAGAAAGACAUCAGAAGUAAAGUCUAAAAUCAGUCUUCCUUCUGAUUUUCAGUAUUUUCCAGACUAACUAGAACUAGAUGAGCUAAGGAAGGCCUUUUGUUAGGGAAAGGGAUCAUGCCCAAAAUUAAGAGAGACAUAACCAUCUUGUUGAGGAUGAACAAAAGAGAUCCCUGAAGAGUUCUCCAUGCAGUUGAGUAGCAGUGAAAUGGACUUGGUUGACCCCAAUAUGGACAGGAAAAUUGCUGAACAUCAGAAUUGUAUUCUCUAUCCUGCACAUAAAAAGAAUGUAUAAACUAAUGAAGGAAAUAUUUAUUUUUUAAAUAAGAAUAUUUUAUGCCUAUGUUUUCCAGUUCAAUUUUUUUCAUACAUGUUAGAAAUAUAAUGAAAUAUUUAGUUUCUCUAAUUAAAGUUGUGAAGAGUACAGUUUAGAAAUUAGUUGUCUCUACAUUGUUUCUUUUAUGUAUUACUGUCCAUAAUUACAUUGUGAUAUAUUAUCAGGUCAUCUGGCCCAAGAGAGCUUAAUGGAGAUAGCUAAUGAAAAUGAACUAGCAGCCAGAUACUAGAUUAGAAGCUGGAGGGAGAUAAUGACAUGAGAUUACCUGAGGUUUAUUUUUUAGCAGUAGUUCCUCAAAGGGAAGGUACUUUUCUGCUAAAGGAUGUAAUUGAGUGACUUGAAGAGAGAGACCUUUAUUCAUAGCAUCUUCCCUGAAGGUUUAUUUGAGACUAGUGUAGUGUGCUGAUAAGCGAUAGCCCUUUGAAACUAGUCACUUUGAAACUAGAUCCCCCAAGAGGGAUCCUCAAGCCUAUCUCUUCCAUUUGCUUCACUUUGUGAAGGUGACCCAAGAGAGGCUACGGGGGUCUUAUCUUGACCAUUGUACCCUCAGCAGGUGUCUUACUCAUCAGAGCAAAUGCUCCUUAUUUAUACAUGGAAGAAGUUGGACUAGAUGGUCUUUAAGAUAAUAGAAUUUUAUAGUUUAAAAAUUAUAUAUAUAUACAUAUAUAUAUAUUAUGCCUUGGAAGGACUAUGAAGGAUUUACAUAAUCCUGAUGUUCUUCAAUUACCUUCUUUCGUUUUUAAUAUUAUUGUAGCAGUAUUUAGAGAAUUUUUAGAGAGUUACAGCUGGCUUUUACUAACCCAGGUUUCUCUUUCUUGACUAUCUAAAUAGAAGCUUAAAUCAUUACAAAGUUAUGGAUAGAGAUUUUCCUUUGUUAAUCUCUCUCUCUCUCCCUCACCCCCUCCCCACACACAUGUGAUUGCAACUACCCAUUCCAGCAAAACAAAAGCAGAUUUCAGAUAUUUCUUCAGAUAUAGAAGAUUUCUUUCAAAAUGUAUAAUCAGUGACUUGCCAUUAAAAAAAUUGUCAAAUAUUUUAAGCAUAUGUUUCUAAUUCACUUUUAUUUCAACUACGUAGCUAUUACAGAAAACAACACAAAUUGGGCAUUCACCACCCCUUCCACCCCCAUCUUAUCCCCAUUUGUAGCAUUCGAUUGACAGGAUCACCAAGUUUAAAUCCCAAUGUUUUUGAGAACACAGACCUCAGAGAAGAUUAGGCGUAAAUAGACUCUUCUAAAUAUGAUUGAUGAUUUCGUUAGCAGUCAUAUCAGAAUUUUGACAUCCGGUUGAGUGUUAUUUCCUUCAGAGUCAUCUGGUUUUACUUGGAAAGCUAAUACUUAUUCUAAUGAUGCUGCCAUCAUUUACAUUCUUUUUGAAACUCCUCUUCCUAGAAAUAACAUAAGGAAGAUGAUAAAAGAAAAUCAGUUUUAAUGUUAUUUGAUAAGUAUCACUUGCAGCAUCUGGAAGUAUAUUCUUUUUCUUGAUCUCCUUUUCCUACUUCUUUUGAGCAAUGUCUAGUUGUUUUGAAAAAAAAAAUCACUCUCCUAAGAUGAGAGUAAUUACUUAAAUAUAGUAUUAAAAUUUUAUAGUAUUAAAAAAAUCUACAAAAAAAUUCCAAGAAAUCUACAAAAAAUUCCUUGUAAUGAAAAGUGGCAAUAAUUGACUAUAAUAAUAAUUUAAAUAAGAGAAAUUCUGUGACUUUGUCUGUCUUUAACCAUUUUAGAAAACUGAAAAAUCUCUGAGAGAGGUUGCCACAUGUCUGAUGUCAUUUAAUAUUGGACGGGGCUCUUCCUCAGUUAGUAUCACAGAACCAAAACUGCUAAUAUUUACAGGGGAGCCGACUCAAGAAAAGAACCCGUUUUUCUCAGGAUGAAAUAUCAGUUUUGUAUUUUUAUAUAUUUUUUCCUACCCUUCCAACAGAAAAUUGAUGUUUUUUGCCUCAAACCGUAAGAAGUCAGGAGCACCUCUCCCUUUAACAGUGUGCAGGGAGGAGACUUUCAGGGUCCAUCUUAGCCCACUGACGUUGGGGGAGUUGAGUUCAGCAGACAAAAAUAAACAUACCCUAUAGGUACCUUGGGCCAGAGUUAAGUUCCCAUGAUAUUUAUCUGCGUCUCACAGAAGCCUUUACUUUCUCAUUCUGUAUGUGAUUAUCAUGAUCCUUUAGCCACUAACUUACAGUUUAGGGAUAAAAAAUGACAGGAUUGUCCAAAGUACUGACUUAAGCAAAUUAAAGACUGCUAGAUACGACUAGAAAAUGCUCACAGGAUAUUUAAAAUAGAAUCUUCAUGGAAAGAGUCUAGUUACAGAAAAAGUCACUUUUUAUUUCUCUCUAGAGACAGUAACACGAGCUCUUUCCUUUUCUAUACUACUCAUGUUCUUGAAUCUGGGUGUGCUUGGGUUUCUUCCUCUGGAAUGAAUCCCAGGGGCCUGCAGUUCAGAUCAACUGUAAUAAGAUACUGUUUCGUUUCUCCUGGGUUUCCCUUUGAGAAGGUGAGGGCAGGAGGUUCUGUGGGAACAGCUGACCUGUGCAAGUUACCAAACUGUGGCAGUUGCUAGCAUGAAACACAUUUUCUUGACUGUAGUUUCCUGGAUUAGCCCUUUCUUCUCAGUAACCCAGUUUGCGCUAUUGCACAGCCCUUGUCACAUGGCUAUAUAUUUAUCCCAGGUCUUUAUCCUUCCUUCCCAAGAAGAGGAAGCAAAGAGAGGUCUAAAGGCUGUCUUAUACAGGAAAAAAGAAAUGUGAAAAUUGAACCUUGCUUCACAAGUAUUGUAUGAAAAAACAAAUCUGUAAACAAAUUUCUUAUGUGAACAUACAGAGGAAUAAAGACUUGUCUGUUCAAACAGGAGCAUGACUGAUGUUCAGAGAUGUAACUAACUUAAAAGUAGCUGCUGUUUUCCUAAACUGAAACCCACUUUUGCCAAAAGGAUUUAAGUACAUUGUGGAGUGACAGUACACAUUUGUCACAAAGAUUGUGCAGACACAUAUAAGCAACACACGUAGGGCAUUUCGAUGAGUCACAGCUACUCUGGCUUCACCUUACAGUCAGAACAAAGCUCUGUGAGCCUACAUUCUCUGUGACCAGACACAGGUUAUAAACGGGACCCCCAAUUUGCAGCUCCCACCCUCUAAUCUUUACUAUGCCGGGGCCAAUUUGACUAAACAUUUUAUGUUGACAACAGCAGGGUUGUUGGUUUUGUUUUUGUUUUUUGGUGGUUUUGUUUUUAUUUUCUGGUUUGUUUUUUCGGGGAGGGCACACCCAGUGGUGCUCAGGACUUACUCCUGGCUGUGUAUUCAGGGAUCACUCCUGGUGGGACUUGGGGGACCAUCUGGGGUGCUGGGGAGAGAACCAAGGCUGGCCAUAUGCACGGCAAGCACCCCCCCACUCCCUCCCCCCCUCCCCCCACUGUUCUCUCACUCUGGGCCCUGGGCAACAGCAGUUUUACACUCAGGGAGAGCUUUCUCUCAAUUGCUUGCCUCAUUGGCUUGAGAGGUACAGCAACAUUAGCCUCUACUAACUCCCACUAAUUCCAUUAUUUCCCCAAUCAUGGGUUGUAAUGGAACUGCAUGACAUAAGGUAGAACCAAAUACUUGCUUAUCUAAGUCAAAAGGUCAUAAAAAUGUGAUACACAUUUCUUGAUGCCGCAGUUUGGCUCCAAGAGUAUAUGAAUUCCAAUUGGUGCUGAAUUUCUGGAGUUUUUAUUAAAGGAUAUGUGCUUUCUGUUUCCUAACUCUCUUGAGAAGAUUUCUCAAUACUCCAAGUCUGCAUUUGCAGUUUUUGAUAAGCUUUAUGUCUCCAGUCCUCCCUAUCGCUGUUAUUUUAAGCUUUUGUCAUGGGGAAAAUGUAAAAUUCCGAGUGUAUGAUAUAUUGUACUGAUAUCUAGCCUGAAAUUUAAGUCUUUGAUUUUUUUUUUUAAAAGCACACUGAUGAACCUCACUCUUCCAUCAGAUAAAAUUUCCAGGGUAAACCUAUUUUAAAUCAUUCAGCACUUUUGGUUGCCUUCAUAGUUAAGGGAAUUAGUGGGAAUAGUUGCCAAGUUCUCAUAUACUUUUUACAACUCCUUUUCUUCCCUAAAGCACAUGAUGAGCUCUUCACUGCGUAAUCUGGAGUCUCAAAAUAGAUGGAAAUGGAGUUGUCCCUAGUAGACAUGUCCAAAAAUAAAUAUAUUUAUCCCUAACCUGCAAUAGUCCCACAUCAGCUAGAAAAGGAAGUGUGAUUUUUAACUUCUUCCCUAACUUGUUUGUUAUAUCAAAACAAAAGGAAAAAUGACCCCAUGUGAGGGAAUUAGAAUAUGGUAUAUUAUGCUUCAUUUAAGGAAAAGCCCCGUGGGGCCUGGUUCUAGGUUUUAGCCUCCCCCACAUGCCUCACCCCCAAUGCUAGCAGUACCUCGAUUGAGUUCUGUGGUCCAAGGGCAUCUUCUUUGCGUGAUACUGGUUACCAGAGGCAUGACUGAAAUAGGGUGAAAUCUUUUAUUGCUAGUAUGCAGAAAAUAUGUUUUGGGACAAGUACAAGCCUAUCUGUGUAUAUAAAGACUAUUCAUCCUUUAAAAAAAAAAACCCAGGUUUUCUUACUUGAACGCAGUCAUAUUCUCCCCACCCCCUCAAAAAAAGAAAAAAAUAAGACCUCUAACUGCCAACAAGAUUUAAUGUCUAUCUUCUGUUUACAGUUAUUUAGAAUCUCUCCUUCUCUUGACUACUUUGUUUCUUGUGCUGCCACCACCAAAAUUUCCUGAGGGAAAGUGGAUGUCUGCGCUUCCCCAUAUCCACCGACAUUUCUUUGGUCUCCAGAGUGCCAGUCUCGGAGAGUUGCACAGGGUGGUUGUUCUCGGCCUCGGUCACACUGCACUUCCUCUAAAAAGAAUGGAAAGGUUGAGAGACUUGACCUUCUCAGGAGAAUCCUUUAAAUGUACUUUCCAAUCCUGCAAAGCAGAUUCCUGCUGAAAGAGAUCUGAAAUAGGUCUGGCCUUGUUUUGAAGGACAGGAGACAAGUUUUCCCUUCAAACUUGAUGUUAUAGUAUUUUUGUGACUAUGUUUGUGCAUUUUAAAAGUUGUUGGAAUUUUAAGUAUAAUUUUCCCAUUCCUCCCCAUGAAGGUCAUAGAAUAUGCUCUGAGUUGGCAGGUUUCCAGUUGACUUGACCAAGAACCCACUUUUUCACAACAGUAAUUUUGAUAGGUUAAGCAUGUUCCUCCAUCCUGUCCAGCUCUGACUGCGGGCACCCCUACUUGCUACUUUGCACUUCUUAAAACAUAAUCUAACUCUGCUGGCAUCCACGGUGCCCCUAGUUCUAUAGGCCACUGCUUUUUGGCAGUCUCUGCGCAUAAAUUGGUUUGACUGAAUUCAACUUAAACCCCCUCCCCAACACUUAGAACUCUCCUGUCAAACUUGUGCUCAUUUUUAUUAUUCAUCUAUAUGAUGCCAGAGUUGGUCAUUGGUUUGACUUAAAUUUACCAUUUUUUUUUCCACCAUGAGAUAAUUUGCUCUCCCAUGGAAUCAGCUUGAAUAACUUCAACUUUCGAGAUAGUUUUGGAAGACAAGAAAUUGUGCCUUAGCUUUGGCAACUGAAAACUUUGUUCAACUGCUGCUGUGUAGAAAGGAGCCCUGAAGGUCUUACCUACCAUUUUGCUUGACAAAUCUUAUUUUGGAAAAUUUCUUUCCCCUACCCCUACCCGUUUCACUUUAAUUUCCUCCCAGAAUCACUGUGACAGAUCUAACACUUGCCCGAAAGAUUAGAAUUAUGUCUAUCCACAUAUAUAUUGCAAGGGAGAAAGUAUUCUAUUUAUUUCCUCUCAGCCAACUAAUGAUUUCUUACCAUAAUGUAGGUGCACAUAUUAAAGUUGUACUGCAAGGAAAAGAUGUAUCAUCUCCAAAACCAUAUUCUUCAGAUACUAUUCAGAAGGUCUUUGGCAUUAAUGCCGAAUUAACGUCAAGACUCUAAUUUGGAAUUCACCGAAUGCAUCCAGACUGUUAGAGAAGGGAAUAAAAAUGAGGGGAAAGCCACCUUUUUGUUGUUGUUGUUCUGAAAACAAUACCUAAGGUCAGAACUGUUUAAAAGAGAAGCACUGCUAAAAAGUUAUAGGAUUCAGAGAAACAUAGUAUUUUUGUACAGUAUCUUCUAAAAUGUUCAGCUCUCUACAUCUCUUUACAAUGUAAAUGUCUCUAAGUGACUGGUUUCCCAAUAAACUGAUUUUGAUGCCGCC